AUCCCUAAACGAGUCCCUAAUUUCAUCCGGCAUUCACGUCUUUCUCUUCCUCUUGUACUUCGGGAGAGUUCCUGAUUCUCUGCCGCUUUUCUCAUCUUCAUCUACCAAUUUCUUGGUCACGUCUCAUUCUCACGCACAAUCAGACUCGGGUUACGCUCACCAGCAACAGCCUCCUGACUCGGUUCCUCAUCUUUGCCUUCAAUCCCACCCUUUGUCCCCCACACUCCUAAUUUUCUCUUUCGGCCCUCCUAUUUCAAGCGGCAACCGCCGGCACUCGCUAAAACCCUUAACCCGCUAUUGAAUUCCGGUUUCAAGCUCUUUAUUUUGCUUGAUUUUAAAAGCUACUUCCUAAUUUCACUUUUGCCUCUUGUUUAUGCAUUCUCUUCUCUACCCUUGAGUGAAUGCAAGUUAGGAUUUCAAAAAUUCUCAAUCCCGCCAAAGAAUUUGUUUGUUGUUUCCCCUUUGUUGGUAGUUUUUUGAGUUUUACGCUUUGGUUUCAAUAGAUUUUCACAUUAUUUGGUUGAUGCUGGGGGGACUUAAAGUGAAAAGAUAUUGUGCAGCUUCCGUGUUGCAGUUUGGCCUCCGUAAUCUCUUUCGCCGAAUAGCUGUUAGGUUUUCCUACUUAGUUUUGGAGAUGAGUGGUAUAGAAAUUGUGGACUUAACUAGUGAUGAUGAACUUGAAGAGGUAGAUGUGAAACCUGUUAAAUUGGAACCUGGUGCUGUUGGGAGCACGGUAAAGCAGCAAAAUAACCAUAGUGUUCAAUCUGUUAAUCUUCUUAAUUCCAAAACGCAAACUAGAAAACAAGCCUCUGAAGAAAAUAAAAGCUCAAAUAAUGCUUUAAGCACUGGUCAAAGUAGUACUAGUGCUUUGGAGCAAUGCCAGUCUCCAGGGGAUGAUACAGGUGUCUGUUCAACGUCAGUCGUAUCUCCAGCGCCAAUUUGUCGGCAAUUCUGGAAAGCUGGGAGCUACGAAGAAGGGCUUGGUUCCAAGGUCACGCUACAAAAUAGCACAAAUUAUCUUCAUGUGCAUCCCUUGUUUCUUCAUUCAAAUGCCACCUCGCAUAAGUGGGCCUAUGGUGCUGUUGCUGAACUACUUGACAAUGCCAUUGACGAGAUCCAAAAUGGGGCCACUUUUGUCAUUGUAGAUAAAACAUCAAACCCUAGGGAUGGGAGUCCAGCUUUGUUAAUUCAAGAUGAUGGCGGUGGAAUGGGCCCUGAUGCAAUGCGGCGGUGUAUGAGCUUUGGAUUUUCAGAUAAGAAGUCAAAAUCUGCGAUUGGACAAUAUGGCAACGGUUUCAAGACUAGUUCUAUGAGACUUGGAGCAGAUGUGAUUGUUUUCAGCCGCCAUUUGGAUGAUAGGUCAUUGACUCAAAGCAUUGGCCUACUGUCUUAUUCAUUUUUGACAAAGACAGGCUAUGACAGAAUAAUUGUACCUAUGGUGGAUUAUGAGCUUAAUUCAUCAAAUGGCACGUUGGAUGUGUUGCAUGGUAGAGAACAUUUUGCUUCUAAUCUUUCCAUUUUGUUACAAUGGUCUCCAUAUUCAACAGAAGCUGAACUUUUGAAGCAAUUUGAUGACAUCGGUUCCCAUGGCACAAAAAUUAUUAUCUACAAUUUAUGGCUCAAUAAUGAUGGGAGUUCAGAGCUAGACUUUGAUUCUGAUGAAAAGGAUAUUCGCAUUAGUGGAGACACCACAAAUGUCAAUACACUCCCUGCAUGGAAAGCUGUAAAUGAGCAACACAUUGCUAGACGUUACCAUCAUUCUCUUCGUGUAUAUUUGUCCAUCUUGUAUUUGCGAAUUCCUGAAACUUUCAGAAUAAUAUUGCGUGGUGAAAUUGUUGAGCAUCAUAACAUUGCUGAUGAUCUGAAAUUUAUAGAGUAUAUCUUGUAUAAACCACAAAGCUGUGGAUCUGUGGAGGGUGCAGUUGUAUCUACAAUUGGUUUCCUUAAAGACGCUCCUCAAGUUAAUAUCCAUGGAUUUUGUGUCUAUCACAAGAACCGUCUAAUUCUGCCAUUUUGGCAUGUUGUUAGCUAUUCUGACAGUAGGGGUAGAGGUGUGGUUGGUGUUUUGGAAGCUAAUUUUGUUGAGCCAACGCAUAACAAACAAGAUUUUGAGAGAACUUCCCUUUUUCAGAAGCUUGAAACUCGCUUGAAGGAAAUGACAUGGGAAUACUGGGAUUAUCAUUGCGGACUAAUUGGAUAUCAGAUCAAGAAAAAGUCUCGGCCACCGGCAUCUCAUGUUUCAUCUCAUUUUACCGGACAGAGCAAUGUACAAGAAUAUGUUGGCUUCAAUCAAACUUAUAUGGUUUCUGAUAGAGCAAAAGGACGACGUGUAGAUGUUGCAGAGCAGUCAAUCCCCAUCUCUCAUGGAAGAAGCAUGCAAGGAUUGCCUAUAAAAAGGAAGGGACAGGUUGACUUGGUAAAAAUUGAAAUUGUGAAACGCCAAGCAGGGACAUGUGCCAACACACCUAAGUCUCUCAAUGCUACUGCAAAUCACUUGAAAGAUCAAGAAACCCAAAACUUGAUGCAAGAAAACAGGAAACUUCAUGCAAAAUGCUUGGAGUAUGACAAGAGAGGGGAAGAACUGACAGUCAAGGUAGAAAAGCUUAGGAAUGAAAUGGUAAAGGUUCAGUGCGAGUAUGAACGGUUGAUGGAGGAACUGAAGUCCCUGGAAGUCGUCAAGGAUGAAAAGGAUGUAAAUGUGUAAAUCAACUUUAGUUCUAAUCAUUCAAUUCUUUCAUUUGUAUGUUGUAUCUCUGUGUAUCCACUGAUCUCAACUUAGGGGUUGGGGUUGAUAGGCUAUAACAGCUUCAAAGCGGGAGUUAGGGCGGGCUUGACUGGGGUUGGCCGUUCAUUGUCAUACAACUAGUUUUGGUUCAGGUUAUUUGGUAUU